AUGUCCAAAAUUUUAGAUCUCGUUAGCCUGAAGGAGCAGGGAGAAUUCGAGAAUGAUACGCAAAAAAAUUUGAGUGAGGUUGAGGUGAAAGCCAUCGAGCAAUAUCUUAUUGCAAAUAAGGAAGUACGACCAGAAGAAUUGAAACAAAUAUUCCCAUAUUUGUAUUCGACAUUGAUAAAUGCAGACUCUGUGGAUAGUGCAAGGGUGUUAUGUAGUGAUACAUUAUGUAUUUGGAUGUUGAGAAGCAUCAAAGUGAUGCGAAUGCAACAUGCGGACCAAUUGCAUGAGGUGCUAACUAAAGAUACUAGCACCAGAAUAUUUGAGUACAUUAUGGAUUUUUUAGAAAGUGGUACAGGGCCACUUGUAAAUUCUUUGGUAUCAUUAUUGCAUAGGCUAAUAGGGUUCUGUAAAGUUUUGAUGCCGUUACAUGUGGAAUUAUUCCAGCAAUGGGUAGAUCAGGGAAUGAAGUUGCCAUAUACAUCUAGGAAUCUUUACUUCUUAAUAGAGAUCUUAUCCAAAGAGAUAGAUACGAAAUAUAUAUUGACAGAGCACGAAAAGUUUACUGAAAGAUGCAUCGGGAUAAUGUGGUCAAAUCCGUUGGCCAAUGCAGCAAGCAAGGCAUUUGUGUCGAUUUACCAAAGAUUAUAUAAAAAAGGAGCAGACGAAGAAUGGAUGAGCAGAUGGCAGGAGUUGAUAAUGAGGGGACUAAACGAUGAAGACUUGAGUCGUAAUAUUCAGGUAUAUUUAUUGCCACUCUUGUUCAAAAUUUCACCCAAGUCAUAUCACAUAUUCAUAGAAAGGAAUUUAUCUUUCCAAAUAAAUGACUUAUCCAAUUCUGAAAUAAGUAUGUGCCUUGGAUUGUUGAAAGUAGGCCAGGACUUAGCUUUAAUGGCGGAAAUUUUUGAUGAACAGAACACGAUGGUACCAUUUGAUUAUAUCACUAGACUUUUAACCCACGAGGAAUCUAAAUUUAGAAUCAACUCUUUCGCAUUAUUAGUUGGAUCAGCCAAAGGUUCCCAGGCCAUACAGAAGCCAGUUUAUGACGUAUUAGUGAAUGAAAAUAUUUUGCAAUUAUUUUUCCAAGACUGUGAUAGUAUUGAGUUUAGAAACGAUUUUGCUUCAUUAUUAAGACAGUUUUUAAUUCGUCUCAGAGAUUCUUUGUACUCUUUAUCACGAUAUCUCGAUAGGAUACGUAAGAAGAAUUAUGAUUUGCUUAAGCAGAAUGAGUUGCAGCAAUUAAUUUCGCAAGGACAUGACUUUUUAACCUGGUUCCUCAACUUUUUGAAAAGAAAUUUCAUACCAGGAUCAUCCUAUGGCCAAUUAUACUUGAGUAUGAAGCUGUUACAGAUUUUAGUAGAUUUGAACUUAGAUAAUGUACCGAGAACUGAAGCGUAUGAUAAAUUAUCUGUGAAGACUAAAACAAAAAUAAGCAAUAAUAAAAUGGUAUUUCCAUUUUCUAUUGAAAUAUUUGAUUAUCCAUUAUUAAGGUUGAUAGUUGAUAAUAUUACUAACAAUUACGAAGAUAUACGGGAAAAUAGUGUCAAUCUCUUGCUAGGCUGCUCAGAGAAUGUUUUAUCCGAAACCAUACUAGCUGCAGAGCAGGAUAUUAAUGAUAAAGCGUUAAAUAUUAUUACCGAAUUGAAGGGUAAGAAGAGCGAAGGUGGUGCAAAGGUUUUGCAAUUUUUAGCACAAUCAUAUGAUCACUUAAAUGACACUCGGAGCUUGAAGGACUUAAUCGAUACUAUUGUACACAAAUUAGAUUUUGGUCUAACCUACGAAUUUGACAAUGAGAAACUCCAUAGAGAACAAAGAGUUCAUGGGAUAUUUACAGCCUUAAAAUUAAUUUUGAAGAACAUCAAUAAAGAGAGAUUCAGUGUUGAAACAGAGUACUGGAAGAAGCUAUUCUUACAUGUUUUUGGCCAAAUUUCGAAAGUUUGGGUUCAAGUGAAACCUUUGUUAUCUAAUGCAGCCGAAGAUAAUGAAAGUAAUGAGUUUGACGACAAGAUUGUUGUAAAUUACAGUUGGAAAGUAAUUAAGGAAUCCACAGCGUUACUCAGCGCUAUUUUAGAGAUAGGUGAUCUGGACAAUAAAUCCCUUGUUGAUAAGACUACCUUUCUCUUAGGUGCAGAUUUAAUAAUGGAUCAGUUGGCAUCAGUUAAGCACCGUGGAGCUUUUUCCUCAGUUUAUCCGUCGUUUGUUUCUGCUUGUGAGAUAUGUUUCAAAAGCGACGAAGAAGAACUCGCAAGUAAACCAAACAUUUGGCUUAAGCAGAAUAUUAAAUUAAUCAAAUCCAAAACUCAAUAUAUUAGUAGAAGAUCUGGAGGGUUGCCCUAUCUUAUCACGGCUAUUUUGACAGCUGAAAAGUCUUGUAAUAAGGCAAAAGAACACAAAGAUCUUAUUGAUUACACUUUUCAAGAAUUGAUAAGUAUUGCCAAGGAGGAAUAUAUACAAAAUGCAGAUGAAAAAAUGGAUAUUCCUCAAGUUCAUUCUUUCAAUUGUAUGAAGCAUAUAUUUAUCGAUUCACAACUUUCAUCACUUUGUACUCCCUAUGUCAACCAAGUUUUAACGCUAUCGUUGACAAAUUUCUAUAACCCUACAUGGGCAAUUAGAAAUUGCGCAGUAAUGUUAUUUACUGCAUUACAGAACCGUUUAUUUGGCACAUCUAAAUUAGGUGAACUUCUACCAUGCAUAUCUUCAAGAUUAUUCUUUGCUAAAUACAACGGCAUUGAAGAUAUUUUGUUUCAAAACUUAGUCGACUCGUCAUCCACAAUUGAUCAAGAUACCAAAUUUAAUGUGAUUUUUCCGAUAUUAACCAUUCUAUCUAGAUUAGAAAAUACAUCCACUAUCGACCCCAAAUUGCAAAGAUUUGAGACAUUAUUAAUUAAAUGUCUGCAUCACAAAUAUUGGAAGGUGCGUGAAAUGGCUGCAAAAUCAUUAGCGGCCAUUAUUUUGCCUAAUAAUCUUAUACCAACAAUACGUAUUUUGCUUAAAAAUUGCCAUGAACUACGCGGAGAUUUUAAUUCCAUUCAUGGGAAUUUAUUAUCCAUUUUAGAAAUUAUCAAGAGAAUUGAAUCAAAGUUACCAGAUUAUAAGUUGAAAGAAGUGGAAGCCAACCACAUACUUGACUACACACUAUCGUUUCUUACGGAAAAUGAGAUGUUUUCAUGGUCAACAGCUAAAUGCUUCAUAGAAAUUGUAAAUUGCAUAUUGAAGAAUAAUUUUGAAAUUGAACUUGAGGACAUGUUUUUAAAUAUCAUAGGAAAUUUUAUAAUACGGAAUUUGACUACUGAUAUUUUCGAUACCACUCUCAAUGGGGCGAGACAAUUACUUCUUUCAUCAAUGAUCGAGCUCUUAUUAUCCCAGUAUUUGAAAAUCGGGAGAACUGAAGACAUGAUCGAUUUAAUUAGAAUUUGCUUGCUCUCUAAGAAUGUUUACGAAGUUCAAUUGACAGCAAUUCGAUUUUGCGAUUCCCAUAUAAACCAUAUUAUUGAAAUGGAUCGUAAAAAUUAUUACAUAGCGAUUCUUGAAGAGUUAUGGGGUUUAGUUAAGGACGACUCGUGUUGGAGUUUUGUUAGAGCUAACGCUUUAGAGUUGAUUAGAAUCGUUACAUCCAGAGGAGAAGAAUUAGAUAAAGCCGACUUGCGUUCCAAAAUUGAAAUAUUACUUUCAUUCACCCUGAAAGAAUACAGCGAGGAUUCUAAUUCUAAAGCAUUAGAGGCGUUGGGACCUUUGAUAGGUCAAAUUUCAAACUGCGCUAAUUUCAAUGAUAUUGCCAAUGUGCAAAGAUUUUUGGAUUUGGCAAAUGAGUUUGCUGUAGAUGAAAGACCUGCUGUUGUUAGGUUAUCUUCAGUGCACGCUAUUAUUGCAUUUGUGACAACUGCUGUUAAGAAGAAAGAAUAUGGCCGCUAUGUUGCUCAAGGUGUCUUUAUGCUUUAUUUGGCAUUAUACGAUGAUGAUGUUGACAUUCGAUAUGAAUCUGCUAAAUACUUAUCGCAUUUCUUCGGCUUUGAUUUCACCAAGGUACCAAUGGCAAUAACUUCUGUAUUCGGAUUUAACUUCUUGGCCAAAUUUGGAGCCAAUAUUAGCGAACCCAUUUUGAUUGACCAUUUUAUUAAUUCCAAGCCGCAACUAAGAUGGAAAUUAUCCCAGGCUGAUGCACAAACUGAAGAUUCGUUAUUUGAUGUUGAAAGUUUGAACUUAUAUAGGAAUGAUAUUCAAACACACCAAACGGCAGCUUAUAUGCUCAUAGCAUGUAAUCUGAAAAAGCCCUUAGAUAAUGGAUCGAUCUAUCAAUUAACCAAAAAAGUCAAUGAGGAUUUGGACUACAUAAUUGAAUUUGUCACCAGGAAGGGCCAUGAUGGUUAUAUUGGAUGGUGUAAAGACGAAUUCAUAUUUACAAGCAUUUUAGAAGCCGUAUCAAAUAUGAAAUCUGUUAUUAUAUUAACCGAUGAUACUGACCUUAAAGAAAGGCUUGAAUUAGUUUUGAAUCUCUUUGACAAGUUCCAAGUUCAUUUUAUGAUCAAGCAUACUUCAGACUUCUUUAUUUGUACAUAG